AUAACGCUAGGACUAACUUGACAUUCAGUAUAUUAGGUAAAUAAACGAGAGGCAUUAAGCUACGAACAAAUGUAUGGACAGCAAGAGUAUGAAAGAUAACACUGAUCUUUCACAACAGAAUGGCUUUUGUAGAAUAAAGCACACAUGCGAAAGCAGUACCGAGUAAAGGUGGCUGUACAAAGUAUCCGCAAUUCGUCCGUUUUGUCCAGAUUUCGCUUCCGCACGCGGAAUUCAGAAAUGGGUUUGCACGAAUUCGCAUGCUGGAUACUGUGUACAGCCACUUUAAGAAUAUUUUACACGUGAAAGUAGGGUCUACAUAGUUUGCUCGAAGAACAGUCAACCGCUCCACUAUAGCUAUAUACAGUUAUGAGGUUGGGAAGGAUUUAUUCCGACUAUUUAGUGUUGCUUCCGUUUACAUUGUUUGUUCAAUAACUGCAGGUCUUGCAACAAUGCUAAUCCCACAGUGGAAAUUUAUUAUUGUGGCGACUUGCAUGACGUCGACUGAUCACACCUUCGUGCAUAUUAUGUGUGGUGGACUCUUUAUCUCUUGUGCAUUAACCACAUUGAUUCUCCCUUUUAUUUUACGUCAACCUCCACACGACUGUAUUCCGGUUACCUGCAACGUACUACAAUAUUGCUUUAUAGGGUUAGUUCAAAAAUAAAAUGAGAUCUACAGACUAAAGAAGUGGUGACUUAUAUAUACUUUGUUUUUGUAAAAAGUAAUUCGUAUAGAACCUCGAUAUUAAAACCGAGUAUGUCCCAACACUAACUCAAAAAACACUUUAGGCCGCUUUUCGUUUCAAGUAAAACACUGACUCUAUGCGCUUUUGGUUGAAGUCUGUUGCUUUCUUCAUGUGCUCUUUAAAACGACACGCAUUCGUGCAUAGACCUGCGGGUUAACCAUGCAGAAUGGCUCGCAUAAUGUUUACUGUACUGCGCAAUAUGAUUCGUGGCACUUUUAGGGAUAACAGUUUAAGUAUAGGUAAGUAAGAAUCAGUAGCAUAUCGACCUAAAACUGUGUUUCAAAUAUAUAUCAUGGGUGAGUGUGAGAGUUAAAAAUUGAGACUGAGUUUAGAUAAAACGAAACUUGCAAUUAAUUGCAGUCGAUGAAAAUGAUAUCGAACAUAAUCACUCUGUGCUCCAACGUAUAAAGACCAAUCUGAAAAAGCGAUGGGGCUGGGUGAUCGUGGUGGCAACUUUCUUUCUACAUGCAGCACCUAGUCUGGAAAUAGCAAGUUUUGGUACAAUCGUGUCCUCAUUAUUUGAUGAACUUAAUGCCACGAGAUUCGAAUCAGGGUGGAUUGGAUCGCUGGUAAUCGCUUUCUCGGUGGGGUUUUCACCGGUGAGCAACAUUCUAAUACAAAGUUGUCUUGGUGCGCGAUAUGUUGCGUUGAUUGGGGUAAUUGGAGCUUCGGCUGCUUUGGUAGCAACGUCAUUUGUUCGUAAUCUGUAUUUGAUGUUUCUUACUUACAGCGUUUUAUUUGGCAUAUGCUUCAACCUCAUCAUUAACUCGGGUGUGGUGUUGGUUGGCGCAUACUUUCCAAACAAGAAUCAAGCUCUAACAACUGGACUUGCAUCAAGCGGAAUGUCGUUCGGCUCAUUAUUAUCCAAUGUCAUAUCCGAAGUUAUUGUUACAAGAUACGGAUGGCGCCGACGAAUUCAAAUAUUUGCGUCAAUCAUAUUUGUGAUUGGCAUACCAUGUGUAGCAACAUUCAAACCGGCAGUAAUAAACACAUCUCCACGUGAAGAUCGAUUACAUGGAAAGUAUCGAUAUUCCGUCUGCAACCGGUGCUUGGGUAUUAACUGUAUACGGGGUUGCCUCCUUUAUUGGCAGAAUACUUGGCGCUGUUUUUGGUGAAAAAAUCAUGGCUUACGGUUCAAGGUUUGGGGAAGAUUCAUGCAGAAGAUUCAGUCUUGCUUCCGUUUAUGUUGUUUGUGCAGUAAUUGCAGGUCUUGCAGCAAUGCUAACGCCACAGUGGAAAUUGCUUGGUGUUGUCUACGCUUACAUAAUAGGUAUAUAGUACUGUGGUGUAAGAUGGAUAUCGUUAGCAUAUAGUAUGUUUUAUAUAUUUCCUGAUCGUUUUUUAAUAAUUAACAACGCUCUUUUGACUGGUAAAGAUAUGGUUAUAUCAAUUUGUAAUUCGGUAUGCUAUGGUUUUAUCUAUAAAUACUGUAUAGUAUUGUGGGGGGUAACGGGAAACCUUUAGCACCUAUUAUCCAAAUAUCAU